AUGGCAGAACAAUACGGAGUGGUUCCAGGAACCUUGAAAGAAGCACUUUCUCGAAGCACGUGUCACUUGUGGCACGGAAAAGGCCUUCGUGUACAAGUGACCAAUUCGAAAGUCAUCAACGAGUCUUCUGCUACGGAAAGAAGAUAUAGAUGUGUCUUGAGCGACGGUCGCUAUUCAGUGCAAGGCUUGAUUGAUUCCCGCUGCAACGCGUACUUGGAAGCGAACGGCUUCACGCGUUACUCGAUCAUCACCAUCAACCAGUACACCAUUGCCAAGACGAUGAAGCGUAUUCUUCUCAUUGCCGAUCUUACGGUGGACGUUCCCAAGGCUGAGAGAAUCGCGUCUGAUGUCACCAGUCUCGACCAGUAUUUCGACCAGAACCCAGCAGAAGACAUUGCUACUGGAGUGGUGUCGAAUGGAACCCCACAGCAAACAACGCCGCAGCCUCAGGCACCAGCAGCGCAAAGCAAGCGCCUGGCAGCUCCUGAGCGGCCCGUAAACCCAAUUGAGUCAUUGUCUCCAUACCAGAACAACUGGACAAUCAAGGGUCGCGUGUCGUACAAAAGUGACGUGAGAACGUGGUCCAAUGCCAAAGGAGAGGGUAAGUUGUUCAACGUCAACUUCUUGGAUGAAAGCGAUGAGAUUAGGGCCACCGCAUUCAACGACAUGGCCGAUAAGUUCUACAACUUGUUGCAAGAGGGUAAAGUGUACUACGUGACCAAAGCAAGAAUUCAACAAGCCAAACCCAAAUUCUCCCACUUGAGCCACCCUUAUGAGUUGUCUUUAGAUAAGGACACCGAAAUCACCGAAUGUUUCGACACAUCCGACGUGCCUAAGAUCAAUAUGAACUUUACAAAAUUGAACCAGAUCCAGUCCGCUGAAAAGGAUACAAUUAUUGACGUGAUUGGUGUGAUACAGAAUGUCAAUGAUGUGUUCCAAAUCACUGCAAAAUCUACAGGAAAACCUUUCGACAGAAGAAACAUCACCAUAGUUGAUGACUCCAACUUUGCUAUUGACUUGGGCUUGUGGAAUGCAACUGCAGUUGAUUUCAACAUCCCAGUUGGUUCAGUGAUUGCAGUCAAAGGUGCAAAAGUUCAGGAUUUCGGUGGUCGCUCGUUGAGUUUAACACCAUCUGGAAGUCUUUUAAGCAACCCAGACAUUCCAGAGGCUUAUCAGUUGAAAGGUUGGUAUGACAGCAAAGGCUCUAGUGAAAACUUCCAGAGUUUGAAAACGGAAACAGGACUGUCUACAGACUCCUUGAAGGACAGGAAGACUAUUGCGCUUGCUGAACAGUUAGAUUUGGGAACGAAGGAAAAACCAGAUUACUUCUCCAUCAAGGCUACCAUCAACUACUUUAAGACUGACAACUUUUGUUACCCUGCUUGUAACAAUGAAGUCAACACCAACGGAAGAGGCCCAUCUCCAUGUAACAGAAAGGUUAUCCAGGAGAGCGAUGGUUCAUGGAGAUGUGAAAGAUGUAACUUGACUUUUGCUGAACCUCACUACAGGUACAUCUUGAAUUGUUCUAUUAUGGAUCACACUGGUCAAAUAUGGGCCACUUUCUUUGAUGAAGAAGGAAAGAAGUUGUUCAACAAAACUGCAGGUGAGUUGAUGGCUUUGAAAGAAAUGGAAGAGGGUGAGAACCAUGAGUUCAUGGAGCUCGUGAGUUCAGUUACAAUGAAAGAAUUUAAUUUCCGUUUAAGAGCCAGACAAGAGAGCUUUAACGGUAACAUGAGAGUAAGGUAUAAUGUGGUUUCUAUUGCGGACGUGGACUUUAAUGCAGAGAGUCAGCAUUUGGCCAAGCAAUUGGAAUCUGUUCUUUAA